AUGAGGAAUGAACAGUGUCUUCAAGAAAUAACAGGCAAGAUUUACAUAAAUCAUAAGUAUAUUCCCUACCGUGUGAAGAUGUCCUGGAUCCAUGAGCUAAUGUUAAAGGGUGAGCUAUAAUAUGUGGAGAAAAAAAAAUUUGUAUCAAAAGAAUUGUCGGUAAGGUGUUGUAGUGCUGUGAAUUGACCACACCUAUCUACGACUGUAAGUAAAAAAGGCCAUAAGAUACACUUGUAUUUGUGUUAGCACUUACAGGCGACGAAACCAAUGAGAGCAGAAGCCUUUCGUCACAGAGAAAGGUAUCUGUCCAAGUGGUGCCAGACGUUUGGGACAUAUGACACGUGGUAUGCAAGGUUAGGGUCUGUCUAAUGUAAUGGGGUUCAACUUUUUCUACAGCUGAAGCUAGCCAGUUUUACUGGCAGCCGCUUAAGGAGACUUCGUUAUUACCCAAGGUUUCCUCCAUCCCUAAGGAAAUCCUUUAGAUCAACUAUAAAUUCAACCCCCUGUUAAAUACUGACACUCCGACUCGUUAAUAAGGACACUUUUUUUUCCUAUCAGAACUUUGUCAAAAAACAAAGUUUUCUCGACUUUUUCACGGCCAUGAAUUGCAUCUAUUAGCCCCUUUGGCCUUUCUAAAUACCGAAAUAACAGAUUUCCCUUCCAUUUCAUGUGGUUCAACUAGUGAAAUCCCUACCCUUUCAUAUACCUGAAGCCCUGAAAAAAGUGCCCUUUCGGGCGGAGCCUUUCCGUAUAGGCCAUUAUAAAGACUCACCCCUCAGCCCCAGGGAAACAGAGUUUCAUGUUCAAUCAAAUAGUCCUCAUGUGUGGUUAGUUCUGGUUUGUAUUUUCCCACAAAUUGAAUAAAUAUGUGAUACUCAAUAUGUAAUUUUAAAACCUCUCUACUCCUUUUUGGUGCAAGUACGUGCCGUUAGAGUAAAGAGGUGGCUGAUAAGUAUGAGCCAAGUUACGAGACGUAUUAACGGUAAUUUGCCAUUCAAAGUGGUGAUAAUAAAAAUUGAUUGUUCAAAUCGUGUCACAAUAGAUCUACCCAGUUUUAAAACCUGAGUUUGUUACUGUAUUUUCCUACAGCGUUGCUUUUAAUAAUAGUUAAGAUCGGAUCGCAUUUCACCUAUAAAUAAUAUGAAAGUAUUUGGCCCUUGGACAGAUUUUUGAAAUUCUUUACUCGUUGUUGCUAUUUUUAUAUAUAUCGAAAGCGUUCUUCGGCUCUGCUUUUAAAAUCUCCUUCAAACAUCUCAGCGACUUAUAAAAUGCUCAGUGACUUCCGUUUUCUCUUUUCUCAGGCAGAGAAGCACCCUGUAUCGUGAACUGUCAUUGGAUUCACGAUUCAGUAGAUUAAGGACCAAAGAAAUGCCCAUACCCUGACACACAAUACGAAAGGAGCUGCAUUAAACAUCAUCGGGCUGCAUGCCACAAACAAAAUUGUCUCACCAAAAUUUAUGCUAACUCCCGGGCUUGGGAGGGACGUAUACCCGAAGUUACUUGAGAUGGUGUACAACUUAGGCAAAAUUUAGUAGGGAGCUACGAUGAUGGCAACGACAACGGCCAAAAACGCAAUAAGCUUAGAAGAGCAAAACAAGAACUUUGCACGUGCAUCACACUUUUUCGUACAUUUCUUUGCCGUCCUCCGACGUGAUAUGACCAAAGUUUAAGUCGACUUGAGAACGGGAACGACAAGGCAAUAAAUUUAAGCAUCCAAGCGCGGUGCCCGCUCGUCAGUUCCAAAAAAAAAAACUAGUUUGAACCUCAUUUCCCUUCUUUCAGGUAACUGUUUUACUUGGUAUAAGGCGGAAAACGUUUGAAAGGUGGAAAGUCGAUUUCACAGCGACGUUCCCAUUGGCGUCGCCUUCGUCGGAUCCUGAG